GUGAUCCUCAGAAUAACAUCCAUCACCACCACAAAGAAAGAUUUCUGUAUCUCCAGAGAAAUCUAGAGAACAGAAGAAGUUAUACCUCCGUUACAGUCUGUGUACCUCUUAUCAAGAUUCUUAUUGUUCUUAGUCCAGAGAGAUGACAAUCUCAGCCGAAACCAUUCGCACUGUGGUCGGAAUCAUCGGGAACGGGACGGCCCUUGUGCUCUUCUUCUCGCCCCUGCCUACGUUCCGAAGGAUAUGGAAGAGCAGGAGCGUGGAGCAGUUUCCGGCGGCACCGUACCUGGCGACGCUGAUGAACUGCUUGCUGUGGGUGCUUUACGGGCUGCCGCUGGUGCAUCCGCACAGCAUGCUCGUCAUCACCAUCAACGGCUGCGGCCUGCUCAUCGAGCUCAGCUACGUCGUCAUCUACCUCUGUUUCUCCAACAGGCGGCAGCGCCUCCAGGUCCUCGGCGUGCUAUUCCUCGAAAUUGCCUUCGUCGCGGUCAUCGCCAUCCUAGUGCUCACGCUCUUCCACACCCACGGACAGCGCUCGCUCGUCGUCGGCGUGCUCUGCGUUAUUUUUGGCACCGUCAUGUACGCCGCCCCUUUGUCCGUCAUGAAAGAGGUGAUAAAGACGAAGAGCGUGGAAUUCAUGCCCUUUUCACUGUCCCUAGCUUCCUUCAUUAAUGGAGCAUGUUGGACAGCCUAUGCCCUCAUUCGCUUUGACCUCUUCAUCACUAUUCCGAAUGGGUUAGGAGUGGCAUUUGCAGUGGCUCAGCUAUUACUGCACAUUAUCUACCACAAAUCAACAGUGAGACAAAUAGAAGAGAGGAAGAAGCUGGAAAACGGAAUUGCCAAGCCAAAUGGAAACCAUGAAGCUGAUCUAGAACUCGGCACCAAAACUAAUGGUGUCAAAAAUGGCUCCAGUUAAAUUCCAAGAGGUCGCUCGCAAUAAAUGCCGUGGGGAAAGAUGCAACAUGGCCAGACAGCAAUAAGAGAUGAUUACAAGCUGCUUAUGAUAUCCUUAACGAGUUUGAGAACUGUAAUAAUACUAGUGCUUUCAGAUUUUUAGCGGCCUACUUUGUAUUCACAACCUUAAAGUUUGAAAGGUUUGUGAGGCAAUGAAAGAGCUCACUGCGAGCAUCGCAUCUAA